CAUUAACGAGGAAAGUUUCUAUGUAAUUAAAACUUUAUUUUUUUAUUAAUCUGAUUCUCGAGAUUAAACCCAUUAAAAAGAGGACUUCCAAUUUCGAAACUUAAUUGUUUUCAAGUUUUUUCUAAGUGUGCAUUGCAGUCUUCUAGGAAGUAUUUGCAGAAAUUUUCUAUGUAUAAAGAAUGCAUUUACCAGAAAACUAAAUAAAUCUAAUGCUCUUGGAGAAUAUACAGCAGACAUAAUCUUUAUAGAAUAUUCUUUACAUUAUUUCAGAAUGUAUAUUGUAUUAAAGUGAAUUUUCUUUUACUUUAAAAGGAUGCGAGAUUUAAUCAAAAUAUCGAUCAGAAGACGGGUUACACGACGAGAAGUAUGUUAUGUAUGCCCCUCAUGGAUAUCGAUGGGGAAGUUAUUGGUGUGGCUCAAGUGAUCAACAAAAACGGUUCUAAGGGAGAUUUCUUUAAUGUUGACGACGAAAUGGUUUUUGCCCAGUAUCUGCAAUUUUGUGGAAUAGGUUUAAGAAAUGCUCAACUGUAUGAGCGAUCCCAAUUAGAAAAUAAAAGAAAUCAGGUGUUAUUAGAUUUGGCAAGGAUGAUAUUUGAAGAGCAAAGCACCAUUGAACACGUUGUUUACAGAAUUAUGACCCACACGCAAUCUCUGCUGCAGUGUCAAAGAUGCCAAAUAUUAUUGUUAGAUGAAAGAACAAAGGUAUAUUUAUAUAAAAUAUUUAAAUUAGUAUAAAACUAAAUUUUAGUUUUCUAAAGCUCAUACAGAUAAGAAUUACGACUAACGAUUUUCAAAUAUUUGCGAAUUAAUUUAAACAUUAAUCUGAUUAAGGGUUGAUGACGACAUCUUUAAUUAGAAUUUUCACGAUAAGAAAGUAUUUUUUUCCAAAAUUAAUUAAAAAUAUCAGAAAAUAAAGACAGAAAAUAAUAUACCGAAGAAAUAGUAGACUACCAACAAAAGAGAUAAAAUACAUAAAGAAAAAAUUUAUAAAAUAUUAAGCAACUAUUAUUCUUAGCGAUUUAAUUAUGCUGUUUACGUCGCAAGUAAAUUGAAAAUUUUUUGAAAGUUUUUUUAAAAAAAAUCUUACCUUAUUUUAAGGAUAAUUUUAAAAUGAUAAACCAAUAAUCAUCAUUAACCCAUCAUUUAUAAAUUAAUGAGACAUUAGUGCCUGCUUGUUAAUAAUCGACAGGUAUGAAUAAAUGCUUUUAUCAUUAAACACUUAAUACUAAUUAAUAAUUAAUGCUAAUUGACCAUCAGUCUUCCAGUGAACUGAUUACAAUAUUGAUAAAAUUAUCAAUAUAUAUAUAUAAAAUUUGUUUCAGAAUAAACGUAAAACAUCCGAUAAAGUUAUGAUUACACUGAUAUCAAAUACAACUCAUAUUAUUAAUUAUAAGAAGUUUUGUUGGAUGAGAAAGAUGGCAUAGAGACAAGACUAUGAAUGAUUUAGUCAACCCAAUGUUAACAUUAACAAAGACAAGUUUAUUUUACGUCUUAGCCCAUACGAGAGCAGCAGAAUAAGUGUACUGUACAAGCUUUUACAAUAGUUGUGAGUUACGCCACCCUUUGGACACCUGACUAAAGUACAGGUAAGGGUAGAGUGACAAGAAUUCCACGAAACUCGCCACAAACAAUAUUCGCUACAAGUUUUAACUAAAAAUAAGAACCUUCUAUUCGUUUAUGGAUAUGAAUUUAAUAAACAGAGAUACGGAAGAUAAAUCAAACAAUUAUUCAUCUGGAUUUCACUAUCAAAAUCGAUUUCUUUCAUGAUAAUGUCACAGCACUUUGUCAUCUGGUAUAAAUGUAUGUUGGACUAACAUGUUACCUCUACAGAAAUUUUAAAAAUAUCGAAAUUAUCGGAAUUUAUUCUGAAUAAAUUCUAGCAUCGUUUCAUUAAUAAACAGUAAGCCUAUUAUUUAAAUAUAAUUUGAUUUUUCUGAAAAUUUUUCCAGCAUUCUGUCGUAAUAAGAUGAUCAGAGAGUAUAGACCGUGCAUCGCUCGAUUAUAUUUACAAGAAUAAAAAUAAG